ACAACUUAAAACACCUUUUAAAUAAAUACUUUGGAAAUUUUAUAAACAGUAAAGUAAACAUGAACAAUUCGUCCUAAAAAUAAAUAAGCUUCUACUUAAUUAAUACUGUGUUAAUUGUUAAUAAAUAAAAAACGUAUAUAAUAAAAUACAUUUGACUAUUAGAAAGUUUAUUUAAGUUAAUAAUAAUGUCGUCUAGAGAAGAUAUAAAUGAACAAAUACAGGAAAUGCAGGAAGAAGGAAGUAUUUUAUCUUUCUAUCCGGCAGAGAUCAAUGUGGAAGAUAACGAUGAUCCUAAUGUUUCAGAAGAAAAUGUUAUCAAGUAUGAGAACACGUAUAGAAUGGAAUCGAAAAAACCAUUUGACGAACGUUUAGCUAAGGUUGUAUUAAAAACUGAAAUUGAAAAUCAUUUCAACGACGAAACGAAGUAUGACCCUAACAAAGCAAUACAAACCUGUUCUGAUAUUUCAUUAAAUGUAAAAAAUAAAAUUCGAGAAAUGGAAUUUGAUAGAUAUAAAAUUGUUUGCAUUGUUGGAAUUGUAGAAAAGAGAAGCCAAGGAGUUAUAUCAAAAGUAAAAUUUUUACGCGAUAUAACAAAAGAUAAAUAUGUUAAAACCAAGUUUGAAAAUAAUAAUUUAGUUGCUACAAUUGUUGUGGGUGCAUUAUAUUUUGAAUAAAAUCUACAAAAUAUCGUUUUUUAUUUUGCCAGAAAACGUAUAAUGAAUAAGACUUAAACUUAAAAUAAAUAUUGAUCUUAAAACA